UUCAUAAGAACUCCUUUACCGCGACGCUCAGUUGCUCCGCGGUCGCCACGGCGUUCGGUCGCGUCCACGUCUCUCGUUCCCGCGCUCGUGUAUCCACGUGAUUGUGAAACUGAUGUACGAUAAAGAUCGGCCGAUGUGAAAGAAGAUGGACCUUAAAUAUCUAAUCCUAAUGAUUGCCUUCGCGACAAUUGAAAUCAACGUUACAGAGAGCCGGCAAAAUGAUAAGCGGCGAUGGAAAUCCGAUAAGAGCGUUUAUUCACAAUACGUCAAUAUUUGCGACAUUCAAGAUCGGGGCUCCAAGGUACAUUGCUAUUGUGAGAGCACGAAGUUAAAGACGGCUACGAAAGCGGAUUGCUGGGUUUUUAAUGGCGGAAUCGCCGAAGAUGACCCAUUUUGGUCGAACUUUUAUUCCCAACCUAAAAUAGAAAGACUCACGUUUAAUGUGAGAGCUGACGGCGGGCUCACCUACAUACCUGCAAAGGUCAUAAUUCGACUAGAAAAGCUGCAGUAUUUCAACAUCCACUAUGCGAACAUAUCAUCUGUACCACCCUUCGCGUUCACUAACUCGUCGACAUUAAGAGAGAUAUCGCUGCCUAAAAACAAAAUAACGAAACUCGAGAGAAUGUCUUUCGCACAUUUGAUACUGUUGGCGAAUGUAAGUUUGAUGGAGAAUCAGAUUUCAGAGUUGGAACGGGACGUAUUCUACAUGCUACCGAACUUGCAGCGGCUGUACUUAUCAAAGAACACUAUAAGCGUUCUUCACGAAGGCUGCUUCAAGCAUCUCAACAAUUUGGUGAAAUUGGAGCUCGACAGUAAUUUGCUGACUGUAGUAAUCAGGGAGAACUUCCAAGGUCUAUCCAACUUGAUUACUCUUGACAUGAGGAACAACAAAUUGACGAUGAUAGGUGACUUGGCAUUUUCCGAACUUUGGGCCCUCCAGGAACUUUACCUGGACGGGAACGAAAUAGAAUUUAUAUCGGAGAGGGGUUUUGGUGGAUUGGCGCAACUGAGAAAACUUUAUUUGGCUGAUAAUAAGUUGGGAACAUUAGACGCCGGCGUUUUGGACGAUUUUCAGAAGUUGACUGUUUUGGAUUUGAGGAAUAACAAUUUGGAAACUCUAAAACAGGAGACUAUGCAAAGUGUCUUGGAGAACAUGAAGUCGAAUUAUGCCUUAAUCUCUCUUGACGGCAACAAGCUCACCUGCGACUGCCGUCUCCUCUGGCUUCACAAGCUCAAGAACGAAACCCGGAGUAAACGCGUAAAAGCCUCCCUCGAACGUCUCAGCUGCAUCAUGGACCUCAAACUCAAAACGGACCUCGGCAAAAAGAAAAACGACAUACCGAAAAACCCAACGUCAACACAUGACUACGACAAUGAUGAAUUUGACGAUGAUAAGUACGAUGAGACAAUGCAAGAUGACACUGUAGGUAAUAAAGUUGAAUACAGAAAACGGUUACUAGAAAUAUCAACAGAUAUGCUGCCUUGUCAUAAUAAAUUAAGUUAUGAAGCGUCUUAUUCGCCUCCGACGCAAGAUGAAGUGAAAUAUUACUAUUCAGCGUCGAGUAAUGUUGUUGCAGCAAUGACGGUACAUAUAUCAAUCUUUGUUAGUAUAGCAUUGUAAAUACGGGUAGUUAAUUUGUAAAUAAUUAAUGUGAUUUAUUAUAAAUAGACAUAAAGCGGUUGGUUGAUGUUUUUGACGACGGCAAAUGCAUUUCAGAUUUAUAAAGUUGUACUUUAGUUAUAUUUCCAGAUUUCGUUAUUAGGUAUGCUAUUUUCUACAUAGGUAAUAUAUUUUUUUCUACAAAAUAGUAAAUAACAUCACCCAGUCGCUAAUUACUGAUUUACUAAAUAUAAGAUAAUAUAAGCUUCGAAGUCUGUUUGAAUUUGUAAUAGUAACUUUAAGUUUACAAAUUACUCUAGAAUAUUUUAAAUGUAGGCAGAAUAAUUUCAUGUUUAUUUCGAAUUAAAUUAUGUUUGUACGAGUAUAUAAUCCACACAGGGCUACAAUUUUAAAUGUCAAUGUCGUCAUAUCAUUUGAGCUCUACAUGACACAAAUAGUUAACAAGUUUUAACACCACGGAAUUGAAAGUGACGGACACAGUUUUAUCACGCUGCUGUCACGUAUAGAUAACAACCAUCAUAUCCGUACUGGAGGCUUUAAAAAAUAAAAUCAUAUCAUAUCAUAUCAAUAAGAAAUGAAGUUGAUGUUGUUAAAACUUGAAUGUUCUUCCUAUGCUUCUAUUUGAAAUUUUGCUCCGCAAAAUGUUUAAAUCUAAGGAUUACGAAUACCAAACUAAUUCGCAAAUGAAUCUUGAAUAACAUAGCAUUUAUUAUCAUUACCACUACUUAGUAUUUCAAAAUCUCAGAGAGUUAGACCACCGAGUUAGGAGCAAUUUAUAUAAUUAAUUCGGCUCUGAUUCCACUGUUCUCUAAAGUAUACCAUUAUCUGAAUUCAUGAAUAAAAUUAGAAUCUAUUUUUGUUACCUAGAACGCUGUAAAUAAGUGGUUGGUGUAGCUGCUAGAACGAUUCAUUCCAAGUAUUUUCAUAAGCUAGAAUAAUGAGCACUAACUUUGAGAUAAAACUUCUAUUUAGAGAGAUGAUUAUCACAAAAACUGAUUGUAUAUUCCAUCACAUAAAGGGAAACCUACUUGAAUGUCUGGAAAUUAUUUAAUACGCUUACCUAUUUUAGU